GUUUUAAUCUAAUCAACCAUCGCUCUCUUGGGCUCCAUUUUGACGGACGAAACGCCUCUGUUAUACUGUUGAACCUCGAUAUUGAUGUCAAGAUCUCCUAUCACUUGCCAUAUUCUCGAUUCGUCUUCAGGAAAGCCUGUUCCGAAUGUGGAGGUUAGGCUGCAGCGCUAUGAACCCGGUGAAUCAGAAGGCGAUCCAGACAUCUUUACUCCUUUGGCAAAAGGUGUAACCAACUCGGACGGGAGAUGUCCAGACCUUCUUCCGCCCUUGGAGAUCUCAGAAGAAACGAGACGUCUACUCAUUGCCGGGUCAUACAAGGUAAUUUUCAGGAUCAAGGAUUAUUUCGAGAGCAAAGGACAGAAAUGCUUUUACCCAUGGGUCGAGAUAACAUUCAAUCUCGAAAAUCCUGCAGAACAUUAUCACAUUCCUCUUCUCAUUAGCCCUUACUCCUUUACAACAUACCGCGGCAGCUGAGCGUGCUGAGCCCAAUGUCGAUUCAUGAAUAAAUGUACUGUAUUACUAGGCUAGCCACAAUGAAUCAGUUCCAAAAGGUCGGAAAA